UCUCAUAUUUGCUUUAGGUGAGUGGUUUACGUGUAGGAGAGUAAUUCUACAUGCUUUUCCUUUAUCUAAAAUAUGUUUAAUCCAUUGGUUUUUAGUUGUUUUUAGCCGUUUGACUUAAGUAGGCAAUUAGGCAUAGAUAUCAUAUCUCACAAAGAAAUACUCCCUCCGUCCCUAAUUUGAUUACAAUGUUCCCUCUCAUUCUUGUGCCAAAACAAAUUACAAAGUUCCAAUUUUAACACCAUUUAGACCAUUUUACCCUCCCUUCCAUCUCCCUAUGUAAUGAUAUGACUCCUCCUUAAUUGGGGGUAAUUUGGGGAAAAUUUAAUGAUUUGACUUCUCCUUAAUUUUCUCAAAAAUGGAAUAUUGUAAUUUAAAAGGGGACGGAGGGAGUAUAUGUAUCUAAUUAGUAAUUACACUUUUUUAUACUUUAUAGGCAGUUUUUUUUCUGUAAACUAUUUUAGCAUGCAGGUGAUGCUUCUUGGCUUUGUGCUGUUGGGGCGUUCUCUGGAGGAAAGAGCGAGACUGAAAGCAUCUAGUGACAUGAAUGAGUUACUGUCACUUAUAUCCACUCAAUCCAGACUUGUGGUUACUCCCAGCGGAAGUGGUUCCUCAAGUGAAGUGGUCAGCUCUGAUGCAAUAUACAUUGAAGUACCAACUGAUGAUAUUCGUGUUGGGGACUCAUUAUUAGUUUUGCCUGGAGAAACAAUACCUGUAGAUGGUAACGUUGUUGCAGGUAGGAGUGUUGUGGAUGAAUCUAUGCUUACUGGGGAAUCCCUUCCCGUGUUCAAAGAGAAAGACUUGUCUGUAUCAGCUGGAACAAUAAAUUGGGAUAGUCCAAUAAAAAUUGAGGCCACCUCCACUGGUUCAAACUCAACUAUAUCCAAGAUUGUUAACAUGGUUGAGGAUGCUCAAGGCCGCGAAGCACCAAUACAGAGGCUUGCAGAUUCAAUUGCUGGACCAUUUGUGUUCAGUAUAAUGACGUUAUCAGCAACAACCUUUGCUUUCUGGUACUAUCUCGGUUCAAAAAUCUUCCCAGAUGUUUUGCUGAAUGAUAUUGCUGGACGAAAUGGAGACCCUAUGCUUCUUAGCUUAAAGCUUGCUGUUGAUGUCCUGGUUGUCUCAUGCCCUUGUGCAUUAGGUCUUGCAACACCCACUGCAAUUUUAGUUGGCACUUCACUAGGAGCAAAAAAAGGACUUCUUAUAAGAGGAGGAGAUGUGCUGGAAAGAUUGGCAGGUGUUGACUAUGUUGCUUUGGACAAGACAGGGACCCUCACCGAAGGAAAACCUGCUGUCUCUGCUAUUGCAUCUUUGGAUGUUGAGCAAUCAGAUAUUCUUCGAAUUGCUGCUGCUGUGGAGAGAACAGCAUCACAUCCUCUUGCCAAAGCUAUUUUAAGCAAGGCAGAAUCAUUGAAGUUGGAUAUCCCUGUUACACUAGGACAAUUAGCAGAAGCAGGUUCAGGAACAAUGGCAGAAGUAGAUGGCCUUUUAGUUGCUGUUGGGAAACUGGAAUGGGUUAGUGAACGCUUCAAUCGAAAAACAAGCAUCUCAGAUUUAAAGAAUCUUGAGCAGUCUCUGAUGCAUCAGUUACUAUUAAGCAGUUCAUCAUCAAGGCAUUCAAUGACAGUUGUAUAUGUUGGUAGGGAGGAUGAAGGCAUUAUAGGUGCUAUUGCAAUAUCUGAUAAUUUACGUGCUGAUGCUGAGUUUACAAUUAAGAGGUAUGUGGGGCCCUGUUAUUUAGGCCUAACUUAAGCCCAAAAGGAUGGUGAGUUCAUGGUUCCAUACGUGUCCAAUGUGGAAUUCUUCUAUGACACAAUGACACACCUUCUCAGCCUAGCGCAGGGCUGGACAUCUGAUGGGCAUAUCGGGCGGGCAUUGCCCCAAACCAUUGAGACCCACAAGCAUGGCUCUGACUCUGAUGUUGUGUUGAACUUUCCACCUAACUCAACUGUAAUCUAACAUGAUCUUCAUGCUAGGUCAUGGCCCCUUACGUGUCCAAUGUGUUCUUGACAGCCUCUCAUGUUGACAUAAAUUGGUAAAAGAAAAACCUUGCCGGUAU